AUGACAGGAGUGUUUGACAGAAGGGUUCCCAGCAUCCGAUCCGGCGACUUCCAAGCUCCUUUCCAGACGUCCGCAGCCAUGCACCAUCCGUCUCAGGAAUCGCCAACUUUGCCGGAGUCGUCGGCCACCGAUUCCGACUACUACAGCCCCACGGGGGCCGCCCCUCAUGGCUACUGCUCUCCUACCUCGGCUUCCUAUGGCAAAUCGCUCAACCCCUACCAGUAUCAGUACCAUGGCGUGAACGGCUCUGCCAGCAGUUACCCCGCCAAAGCUUACGCCGACUACAGCUACGCCAGCCCCUACCACCAGUACGGCGGAGCCUACAAUCGCGUCCCGAACGCGACCAGCCAGCCAGAGAAAGAAGUGGCCGAGCCCGAGGUGAGGAUGGUGAAUGGCAAACCAAAGAAAGUUCGUAAACCCAGGACUAUUUAUUCCAGCUUUCAGCUGGCCGCGUUACAGAGAAGGUUUCAGAAGACUCAGUACCUCGCCCUGCCAGAACGCGCCGAGCUGGCCGCCUCGCUGGGACUGACGCAAACACAGGUGAAAAUCUGGUUUCAGAACAAAAGAUCCAAGAUCAAGAAGAUCAUGAAAAACGGGGAGAUGCCCCCGGAGCACAGCCCUAGCUCCAGCGACCCCAUGGCGUGUAACUCGCCGCAGUCUCCGGCGGUGUGGGAGCCCCAGGGCUCGUCCCGCUCGCUCAGCCACCACCCUCAUGCCCACCCUCCGACCUCCAACCAGUCCCCCGCGUCCAGCUACCUGGAGAACUCCGCUUCCUGGUACCCGAGCGCGGCCAGCUCAAUCAAUUCCCACCUGCCGCCGCCUGGCUCCUUACAGCACCCGCUGGCGCUGGCCUCCGGGACACUCUAUUAG